GGGAGAGGAGGGAGUGGGAGAGGAAGGAGAGGGAGAGGAGGGACAGGAAGAGAAGCUACGGUGAAAAUCUUCCUUCAGGUCAGAAGGAUACAGACAGAACCUGUGGAGAGGAGAACGGUACGAGGAGACCAACACCAGGAUGGAGGAGGAGGAGGAGGAAGAGUUCCCCUUCAACAUGAGCGACUUUGUGACGGUAGAUGAAGUUGGAGACGUCACUGAACUUCCUCACUCUCCUUCUGCUGAACCCAUGGAGGACACCUCCACAUCUGUCCAGCAGGAAACACCCAUGGAGUCCACGGUGACGCUGGAGAAGUCUGAGAAGAACAUGUCAGAGUCAGAACACGUGAACACGCCUACAGAGACCUCAGACGGUUUGGUCUCACCAGAUAAACCAGCCGUAGUUUCUCCUCCACUGGAUUCACAAGCUGACCCUGGUCUCCAUCCAACGUCUGCGGUAGCGUCUGGGCCUGGGCCAACGUCUGGGCCUGGGCCAACGUCUGGGCCAACGUCUGGGCCUGGGCCAACGUCUGGGCCAACGUCUGGGCCAACGUCUGGGCCAACGUCUGGGCCAACGUCUGGGCCUGGGCCAGCGUCUGGGCCAGCGUCUGGGCCAGCGUCUGGGCCUGGGCCAGCGUCUGGGCCAGCGUCUGGGCCAGCGUCUGGGCCUGGGCCGGCGUCUGGGCCGGCGUCUGGGCCUGGGCCGGCGUCUGGGCCGGCGUCUGGGCCUGGGCCGGCGUCUGGGCCGGCGUCUGGGCCUGGGCCGGCGUCUGGGCCGGCGUCUGGGCCUGGGCCGGCGUCUGGGCCGGCGUCUGGGCCUGGGCCGGCGUCUGGGCCGGCGUCUGGGCCUGGGCCGGCGUCUGGGCCUGGGCCGGCGUCUGGGCCUGGGCCGGCGUCUGGGCCUGGGCCGGCGUCUGGGCCUGGGCCGGCGUCUGGGCCUGGGCCGGCGUCUGGGCCUGGGACAGCGUCUGGGCCGGCGUCUGGGCCUGGGCCGGCGUCUGGGCCGGCGUCUGGGCCUGGGCCAGCGUCUGGGCCGGCGUCUGGGCCUGGGACAACGUCUGGGCCGGCGUCUGGGCCUGGGCCGGUGUCUGGGCCGGCGUCUGGGCCUGGGCCGGCGUCUGGGCCUGGGCCGGUGUCUGGGCCGGUGUCUGGGCCGGCGUCUGGGCCGGCGUCUGGGCCUGGGCCAGCGUCUGGGCCAGCGUUUGCAGCACCGUGUGAACCAACGUCUACACCAGAAGAACCAGAAGCUGACGUCACACCUGGACCAGAAGAUGACCUGGUCUCUGAUCCUGCAGCUCCAGCUGACUCCUCCAGUCCAGUUCCAGCUGCAGAACCUGUAGAACAUCCAGGAGAUGAGAAGGAAGAUGGUUGUCUAAAUCUCAGGCAGGCUGAGGAGGAGGAGGAGGUGUUGACCAAACAGGAGAAGGAGAACACUGGAGCAGAAACAGCUGAUGCAGGAAAGCCUGAAGGAUCUGAAGACCACAGCAGCUCCACAGAGGAGAGCAUGAAGACAGAGUUAAAGACGGAAACAUCAGAGCGCUGCCUGCCUCCUUAUGACCCCUCUAACCCCCUAGGAAUGGAGUUCUUGGUCCCUAAGACGGGCUUCUUCUGUAAGGUGUGCAGUCGGUUCUUCAGUGGAACCAAGGAGGCAGAAAUGAAUCACUGCAGAUCCCUCAAACACUACAAGAGCCUUCAGGCAUACUUACAGACCAUGGAGGCUGGAAGUCGGACUGCAGACUGCAGCUGAGGAACCUUGACUUUGACCUUCCUGAUGUCCUCAUUUCUCACUAAGGGUCCAGAUUCUCAUGUUGGUGUAGAUUAGCUUCACAUCUCGUCUUGGUUUAAAUAUGUGCUUUUGAUUUAUUUUUUUUUAUGUAGCGUCCAGAGAAAUAAAAGUGAUGUUCAGAAAGUGAUGUGACAAUAAAUAAAAUGGAUUCACUGAUAAAGCUGUC